GCAAUCGGGAGGGUAGUGAAGGGGGUGUUGUAAUGCUGAUAGCAAACACAAGUAAACAGUUUGGUUUAAAAUCUGCAUGGUCAUACACCGGCGUUGUUUGAAACCGAGAAGGAAUGACUAACGUUAUUUACCUUUAGCUGCAUUUAAAAAGGUCUUACAAGCAGUGUAACGUGUUCUCAGAUCAAACGUUCAUUUCACAACUAACGUUAGCUUGCUAGCCAAGUUAGCGAGCUAGCUUCCAAGAUUAGUGUAGCUCUUGAGCUUUGGAAGUCAGCUGGAUAUCUAACUGCUGAUGUAUUUUCAUGAUCAAUGUAACUAAAAUCGGUCGAUGUAUGUUGCUGUUUCUUGUUAAACAUGAUGAACACUCCGAGUGGAUCGUUGUUGGGGAAGGUUACGUUAGCCUGUCUGCUUCUUAGUUCGCUAGCCCGUAUAAGAUUGACAUGGUGCCUAGAAGUGCUUCCUUGUGAGCUUGAAAAACAAGCCAUCUCGUUUGCUGGCUAACUUUGUGUCUACCCAGGACCAUGCCGGAUUAACCUUAAUCAUAGGAGAAAUUCUUUUGCUGUGGCAUUAGUGGAAGUCUGGAUUUGAUUCUCCCGGGGCUGCACCAGGGCGGCAGUGUGCAUGGACAUUGUGAGCAUGAGUGUGAACGAAAAGCGGGGCUACCUGGUGGACCUUGGGGGCAGCUUCACUGAGGAUGCCCCUCGGCCCCCUGUCCCAGGCGAGGAGGGCGACCUGGUGUCAGGUGAUGGCCGUCAGUACAGCCAUGGCUUCUACGCCUCCAAGAGCGAGAGCUUGAGGAGUGAGGCCUCCACGGCCACACCCCGACGGCCUGACCUUGACCUAGGCUACGAGCCAGAGGGCAGUGCCUCACCCACACCCCCUUACCUGAAAUGGGCCGAAUCGCUGCACUCGCUCCUUGACGACCAGGAUGGCAUCCACCUGUUCAGGACGUUCCUCAAGCAGGAGGACUGCGCCGACAUGCUGGACUUCUGGUUUGCCUGCAGCGGCUUCCGCAAGCUGGAGGCCAGCGAUGGCAACGACGAGAAGAAGCUCAAGCUGGCCAAGGCCAUCUACCGCAAGUACAUCCUGGACAACAACGGGAUUGUGUCGCGGCAGAUCAAGCCGGCCACCAAGAGCUUCAUCAAGGACUGUGUGAUGAAGCUGCACAUUGACCCAGCCAUGUUUGACCAGGCCCAGACUGAGAUCCAGACCAUGAUGGAGGAGAACACCUACCCUCUGUUCCUCAAGUCGGACAUUUACUUGGAAUACACAAGGACAGGCGGCGAGAGCCCGAAGUUGUACAGUGACCAGAGCUCGGUCUCAGGGAAUGGCAAGGUGCUGCCGGGCUACCUGCCCACCCUGAACGAGGACGAGGAAUGGCGCUGCGACCAAGAGCUGGAUGAGCAGCCCGAGAGCGACCCCACACCCAGCAGUCGGCUGACCGAGAAGCUGCUUUUGGACACAGCCCCGCAGCGGGUGGCCAGCGGCAAGAGAUACCAGGACAGCCGGGAGUACAGGCACAGUCAGUGGAGGGAGCCCGUUAACCCCUACUACGUCAACACGGGCUACGCUCUGGCCCCUGCCACCAGUGCCAAUGACAGCGAGCAGCAGAGCAUGUCCAGCGACGCCGACACGCUCUCACUGACCGACAGCAGUGUAGAUGGAGUCCCACCCUACAGAUACCGUAAACAGCAUCGCCGGGAGAUGCACGAGAGUGCCAAAGCUAAUGGACGUGUGCCACUACCUCAUAUUCCUCGCACAAACCGGAUGCCAAAGGAUAUCCACGUGGACCCAGAGAAGUUCGCCGCUGAGCUCAUCAGCCGGCUGGAGGGCGUUCUGAGGGAGCGCGAGGCCCAGGAGAAGCUGGAGGAACGCCUCAAGCGGGUCCGGCAGGAGGAGGAAGGAGACGACGCAGACGUGUCGGCCGCCCCGUCCCUGUCGGGCCACCGCCUCCCGCCGGCCUCGUCCUCGCUCCACCACAUGGCGCCGCACGCCCACUACGGCGCGCGCUACGCCGAGUGUGCCUACAACGGGCUGCCGCUGGCGCGCGACUCCCACGAGGAGAACCCCGAGAGCAUCCUGGACGAGCACGUGCAGCGCGUCAUGAAGACGCCCGGCUGCCAGUCGCCGGGCACCGGCCGCCACUCGCCCAAGUCCCGCUCGCCCGACGGCCUGCCCGCCACCGCCGCCGCCUGCUUCGCCAAGGGCCCCGGAGCGGCCCCCGUGCCCAUGGGCCUGCCGGCGGGCAAGCACCAGCACCCGGCCCGCUUCGGGCCCAAGGGCGUGGAGGCAGGUGGGCCGCCCAUGCACCUGUACCACAAGCACGGGCCGGGGCAGGGGGCAGGGGCGGGCGGCAAGCCCAAAGAGCAGCUGGACGCGCACGCAGGCUUCCCCUGGCCGGCUGAGCCGCACCACUACAGCAGCAAGAGCAGGAACUACGCAGACGGCAUGAUGGCAGGGCCCGCGGGCAUGGAGCUCAGCGCACACAGCAGCAAAGGCAGCACGCUAGCCAAGCGUCCCUCCAAGAAGGGUGAGGACUCGUGGAACACCGACACGGCCCUCGGUUCCGAGGAGCUGGACCGGACCCGCAAGAUCCUGCAGUGGAUGAUGGAGGGCGAGAAGGAGGCUGGCCGCUACAAGAAGAGCCCCUAUGGGAGUGUCUCUGGGUCCAAGAAGAGCCACGAGACGUCGCGGCCGAGCUCGGUGGAGCGCCCGGGCGCCGUGCACCCGUGGGUGAGCGCGCAGCUCCGCAGCAACACGGUGCAGCCGUCGCACCCCUUCAUCCAGGACCCCACCAUGCCGCCCAACCCGGCGCCCAACCCCCUCACCCAGCUGGAGGAGGCGCGGCGCCGCCUGGAGGAGGAGAAGAAGAAGAGCACCACGCUGCAGAGCAAGCAGAGACACAAACCGGUGAAGAAGCAGCCGUGCGACAACAUCACGGUGGCCUAUUACUUCUGCGGCGAGCCCAUCCCCUACAGGACCUCAGUGAAGGGGAGGAUCGUCACACUGGGACAGUUCAAGGAGCUGCUGACCAAGAAAGGGAGUUACAGGUAUUACUUCAAGAAAGUGAGCGACGAGUUCGACUGCGGGGUGGUGUUUGAGGAGGUGCGAGAAGAUGAUGCAAUCUUGCCCAUCUUCGAGGAAAAGAUCAUCGGGAAAGUGGAGAAGAUCGAUUGAGGCGGCGUCGAUUGUGUGAAGACGGCAAAAGAACACGAGAGGGAAAGAAAGAGAGAGAGAGAGACCGUGAUGAGGAAAACCUGACGCAUGAUGGUGGUUGGAGUGCUGAAAUGGUCUCAGAGAUUGUCAGAAUGAAAGAGAAAGAGUGAGAGAGAGAGUGAGAGAGAGAGUGAGAGAGAGAGUGAGAGAGAGAGUGAGAGAGAGAGUGAGAGAGAGAGAGUGAGAGAGAGAGUGAGAGAGAGAGUGAGAGAGAGAGUGAGAGAGAGAGUGAGAGAGAGAGUGAGAGAGAGAGUGAGAGAGAGAGUGAGAGAGCGAGAGAGAGAGAGAGAAAGGGAAAAAUGGGCCGCAAGCAGGUGCAGUGUGAAUGGUAUGGGAAUGUGUUUUCGGCGAGGGCUAGAGGCUGAGGUUGCACGCAUUAGGCUGAAGGAUUCUCCCCGAGGGUCACGCUGGACCCGCACGCUAAUGGCACCAGGGGCCUCCACCUUUGCACACGGACUGUUGGAUUACUCCCCCAGCUGCUAGUGGACUCAGUCCAGCUGAUAGCUCUCUGUGCAUGGGAUGGAAAGCGACAAACAAGAGACUAAAGAAGAAUGAACUGAUAGAGAAUGAAGCAGAAGAAGAAAGAGGAAUCAUACUCUUACCUUGUUUUGGUAUAUUUCUAACUGAAAUGUAAUGUAGCAUUGCGAAAGACAAAAGUUUGACUAGGACAAAAACAAAAUUACUAUGAAUCUGUUUACUAAAGCUGCAUAUUUUUGAUAUGAUGUUAUCAGACGGAAGGUAUCCUUUCUAAUGUAACAACUUGUAAUUUUUUUUAUAUGUACCUGGUACCAGAUGUGUACAGAUUGUUUGUUUUAAACAAGAGAGUUAAAAAGUUUUAUAUCUAUUUAAAUAUUUAAAAGACAAAGCUAUUUGGUUGAGAUCUUAUUGAAGCUGUGGCGCAGUAUCUGAGGUUGUUCUCAGGGCCUAUAUCUCUGGAGCCUGUGUGGGAACCUAGACACCAUAGCCCCCAUGUAUUACCAAGUGCUUUUAAACCCCCCCCCCCCCAUGAUCCUGCUAUUUAAUCGCCCAUAGUCCGCUGGCAUUAGUCCUAUCUGCACUUGUCAUUGCAUUAAAAAGAGGAAAAGGAAAGUCUUGAGACGCCCCAACCCCAUGAUUAUGCCUUCUGUAGCUAUUGGAACCAAUACUGAUUACUGAAUCAACAUUUUUGAGCAGCGACCUACACAGUGUGUUGUGUACUCGAGCGCUGUCCCAAAUUGUAGUAGUGGUCUGUAUAUUAUGCUCCAGCAGUAGUGUGGUGAUAGACACCCGUGUCCUUUGAAAAAGGCCAGUUCCGGCCUUAUUAAUUCUCCAAACUACUUUGAACCCCAUGUUCUGCUCCCCAAGUGAAAUGCAAACACAGAGGUAGACUGGAAGAAUGGCCUCAUCCAGCAGCAGGUGGUAAAUGUCAGCCAGUGAGCGCACCCACUUGUAGGAACUUAAACAGAGCUAUCAGCAUUUACUUAACUCCAGGGCUCCUGUGGGCCAUCUUAAGUGCUUGUGUAUUUUCAUACUUAAGUGUGUGGAGAUGAGCGGCUUGUUGAAGUAUCUUGUGAAGAGAUGGCGCUUUUUUUUGUAUGUGUGUUGUGUGCGGGAGGCUUAUAUCGUUGUGUUGUUGCGUGCACACACUUUAGAGGCUGUGUGCCAGAUCCUAGGGUCCAGUGACAGAGUGCCAUUGGAUGAUUCAGUUAUCAUGUUUACACUUACCUUAAUGUAUUAAGAAAAAAAAAGAACUAAAUGAUGAAUUGUAGCCUUUUAGCUUAAUAUGGCUAAAUUUGGUGCCUGGUUGGAAUGCGUUGUUAUACAAAAAAGUAAUUUUAGCAUAAAAAAAGAUUUUCUACAGAUCACAAACACCAAAGAGAACAGGGGUUUAAUACUUUUCACCCAUUUUGACAUUUUGUUAUUUUUUGUUUUGCUUUACUUAAAUAAUUUGAGUGAUCCAAACCCAGUUAUAUUUUUACAAUCUUGCACAUUAUUAUUUGGUAAUAUUUCGUAGAAAGAUAAUACAAGAUGGUGCAAGGCUGAGUGAGGUAGCCACUGUGAUGGUAGUGUUUACAGUGGGGUAAAACAGCUAGGAAGAAUAACAUAAGGUUGUAAUGGGCUUCGACACACUGAAGGCACAUAGGGAAGUUUUGCUUUUCUGAAAAGAGGUAGCUUAAAUUCAUCACUGAGCUCCACACUAUCAAAAAUCUUUUGAUAAGGAUUUCCUUGCAAGUCUCCAUGUGCUGAAUACAAGUAUUGAGUGGAAGGACACAGACCUAUUUCUCUUAUUUGUGUUAUCCAGAUAAACUAACUAACUAAAUCAAACCUAGAUCCGAAAGGCUUUUCCUCAAACUUGAACAGUAUCGGUACUGGAAUGUGUUGUCUUGAUUCCAUUGUCGUUGUGCCCCCUGGCGCUGUUGGCACGGGUAGAGGUGACCUCAGAAACAAAACAAAACCACCAUUACUGUGACGGCCGGCACUGACGAGCUUGCGUCGCCGCUGCCGGCCUUUGUUGUACAUAGACAUCACCGAGUGCCUUCCUGUCCCCUUCCCUUGCCUCCACUACAUCAUUUCAUCUCGCUUAGUUGUCUGUUUCCAGGGACAAGAAUCAUGUUUUUUUUUGUUGUUUUUUUGUUUUUGGGUUGGUUGGUUUUGUUUUCCUUAGUGGCUACAUUAGUGUCUGUGUAAGCGUCUGUCAGACAUGCAUCCUCACUCUUUGGAUAAACUCUUUUUCUAUGUAAAUAUGUACAUUUUUAAAAGUGGCUACCAGCAACACCGUUGGAAUAUGUAGUACCGUGGUUCUCCUCCUGGUGCUCUGAUUACCAGUGUGCUGGGUUGUACAGCUAUUAUUAUUUACAGGUACUUGAACAAUAAAGACAUGUAAUAA